UUAUUUUGAAAUCCAGAAACCAUCACUGUGCACUAUGAAUGCUUUUAUUUUGUGUUCCGUGUUUGUUAACGACGUGUCACUUUCUGUCUGCAGGUUCCUCCUUCCUGUUUGUGAACACGUCAGGUCGAUACGGCGGGCAGCGCGCUCAGCUGCUGCUGCCGCCGCUCAAAGAAAACGACACGCACUGUGUCAGCUUCCUGUUCUACCAGGCAGGAGGCCGCGAGGGCGCCACACCCGCCACACUCAACGUCUAUGUCAAAGAGAACAACAGUCCUCUGGGAGUUCCCGUCUUUAACUCUUCAGGCCCCGCCUACCACAUCUGGAAAGGGGUGGAGCUAGCUGUGUCCACCUUCUGGCCCAAUUACUACCAGGUGGUGUUCGAGGCGGUCAGCACCGGUCAGAGAGGAGUUCUAGCCAUCAAGGACAUCACACUGCAGGGACACCAGUGCAUGAGCACGCCUCACUUCCUGCACAUCAAAGGCGUGGAGGUGAACGCAGGACAGACGGCAACGUUUCACUGCACCGUCAAUGGCCGACCGCAGAGCAACCUGCUGCUAUACCUGCAGGGAAUGGGUGGUCGACAGGCGAUUGUCAGAGAAACUAAACCAGUGAAUUCUCGGCGUUACGUUGCGAGCUUUGAUGUGGAGAACACGACCAAGGGAGACUCCGGACGCUAUCGCUGCAUUGCCCAAUCAGAGAGAGGUGUGGGCGUGUCCUCCUACGCUGACCUCACAGUGAAACAGCCUCCUGUACCCAUCGCCCCCCCUCAGCUGAUGGCGGUGGGCGCCACCUACCUCUGGAUCCAACUCAACGCCAACUCCAUCAAUGGAGAUGGACCGAUCAUUGAGAGAGAGGUGGAGUACCGUACGAUGUCGGGCAUGUUGAUUGACACCACACCUGUCGAUAAACCCACCCACAAGAUCGGACACCUGGACCCCGAUACCGAGUACGAGAUCAGCGUGCUGCUGACCAGGCCCCUGGAUGGAGGCACGGGAAACCCCGGACCCCCCCUCAGAGCCAGGACCAAGUGUGCAGAUCCCAUGCACGGCCCACGGCAUCUCGAGGUUGUCGACAUUCAGUCCAAACAGGUGACGGUAAGAUGGGAGCCAUUCGGAUACAACGUGACCCGCUGCCACAGCUACAACCUGACUGUACAGUACCGCUACAGACCUGCGGGGGCUGCCAGCAGGGAGCCGGUGAAGGAGGUGGUGUAUGACACCCUGAGCGUUGUGCCGCAGCACAUCGUGCGUAACCUUCCGCCGUUUACCAACGUCAGCCUGAGACUCGUCUUGAGUAACCCAGAGGGACGCAAGGAGAGCGAGGAGUUGCUGGUGCUGACGGACGAGGACGUUCCCGGAGCUGUCCCCGUGGAUUCAAUCCUCGGCAGUAGUUAUGAGCAGCAGAUCAGUCUGAGCUGGAGGGAGCCGCUGCAAACGUAUGGCCUCAUCCGACAGUACGAGAUCUCCUACAAAGCCCUGAGCUCCUUCGACACAGAGUUCGACCUGUCUAAUCAGAGCGGGAAGGUGUUCAAACAGGCCAAUGAGACGAGCCACGUGUUCACAGGCCUCUACCCAGGCUCCACCUACUCCUUCACAAUAAGAGCCUCCACCAUUAAAGGCUUCGGGCCUCCAGUCAUCACCCAGUUCACCACCAAGAUCUCAGCUCCUCUGAUGCCGGCGUAUGAUCAAGAGUCUCCUCUCAAUCAGACAGACUCCAGCGUCACUGUUCUGUUGAAACCGGCCCAGAGCCGGGGAGCCCCCGUCAGUAAGUACCAGGUGGUGGUGGAGGAGGAGCGCCCCCGCAGGCAGAGGAGAGGUACUGCAGAGAUCCUGCGCUGUUAUCCGGUGCCCAUUCACUUCCAGAACGCCACGCUGCUCAACUCUCAGUAUUACUUCAGUGCAGAGCUGCCGAUGAGCGAGCUGAGAGCCCCCAUGCCCUUCUGUGUCGGUGAUAACAGGACCUACAGCGGUUACUGGAACGCUCCUCUGCUGCCUCACAAGAGUUAUGGGAUCUACUACCAGGCUGUCAGCACUGCUAACGGGGAAACAAAGAUCGACUGUGUGCGGGUGGCGACUAAAGCUGCUAUAAUCGUCACCCAGCUCACCACGCCGUACAUUCGCAUCGCUCCGGCGGCUGGCGACAAGCAGCUCCCAGGAGCUGCGACCAGGAAACCAGAACCAGAACAGGAGAAACAGUCAGAUCACACAGUGAAGAUCGCUGGCGCCAUCGCUGGCAUCCUGCUCUUCAUCAUCAUCUUCCUCGGAGUCAUCCUGCUGAUGAAGAAACGACGGCGAAAUUAUCACUCCUACACUUACUACCUGAAGCUGGCAAAGAAGAGGAAGGAAACUCUGAGCUCCAGACAGGAAAUGACUCUGAUGGUCAACAACUCCCAACAUACAACCAUGGUGGACACACACACGCACACACUAAACGGACGCACUGUGUCGUCUCCAUCCUCCUUCACCCUGAAGACAAACACCAUCAGCACCACCGUCCCCAACUCCUACUACCCAGAUCCCUUCGUACCGACGGCCAUUCUGGUGCCCAUUAAUGAUGACAGUCACACUAUGACCAGUGAAACCAGUAGCCUGGUCCAGUCCCACUAUAAGCAGCGAGAGUCGGAGCGGGAGGCCUUACCCUAUCAGACGGGACAGCUGCACCCGGCCAUCCGAGUGGCUGACCUGCUGCAACACAUCACCCAGAUGAAAUGUGCCGAAGGUUAUGGCUUCAAGGAGGAGUACGAGCUUAACGAGAGUUUCUUCGAGGGACAGUCUGCUCCGUGGGAUUCAGCCAAAAAGGACGAGAACCGCAUGAAGAAUCGCUACGGAAACAUCAUCGCCUAUGACCAUUCUCGUGUGCGUCUGCAGCCUCAGGACGGAGAGAGCGGCUCCGACUACAUCAAUGCCAACUAUGUCGACGGCUACCACAGACCCAAUCACUACAUCGCCACCCAAGGUCCCAUGCAGGAGACCGUCUACGAUUUCUGGAGGAUGGUUUGGCAGGAGAACACCGCCGCCAUUGUCAUGGUAACCAACCUGGUGGAGGUGGGACGGGUGAAGUGUUGUAAGUACUGGCCUGACGACACGGAGAUCUACGGCGACAUGAAGGUGACACUGAUCGAGACACAGCUGCUGUCAGAGUACGUGAUCCGGACCUUUGCUGUGGAGAAGAGGGGUGUGGCUGAGAUCAGGGAGAUCCGUCAGUUCCAUUUCACCGGCUGGCCAGAUCAUGGCGUGCCACUUCACGCCACCGGCCUGCUGGGCUUCAUCCGCCGCGUCAAAGCCAAAACUCCGCCCACCGCCGGCCCCACCGUGGUCCACUGCAGUGCGGGGGCGGGGCGUACAGGUUGUUUCAUUGUGAUUGACAUCAUGCUGGACAUGGCAGAGAGAGAGGGCGUGGUCGAUAUCUACAACUGUGUGCGAGAGCUGCGUGCACGAAGGGUUAACAUGGUCCAGACUGAGGUACACACACACACACACACACUAUACAACUACACACACUCGACACUGAUCAUCUGUCACUGCAGGAAAACAAAAACAGUGAUCAUAAACAACAACAAAACAAAAAUACUCAGGAAGAGUGGAAAUAAUGACAUUGUUAAAAACUGCAAAUUCUGAGACACAAAGACGAGAUGAGCAGCGUUUAGUGGCAUCGAGCGGCGUUUAGUGGCGUCGAGCGGCGAGUCUGU